UUUUUUUUUUUUUGUGGCUGUCACUCUGAUAUCCAAUUUGUUGAAAUGGGUUUCUUUCUUAUACCCAAAAAAGGUUUCCUUUUGUUUUUCUUUUGAACAACCUGUUUUGUUAUAUGACCAGAAGAGUUAAAACUUAAAUGAAUGGUAAAUUUUCAGUUUGGAGUACUUUAAAAUUACAAAAAAUUUAGGAAUUUGAUUGUUUUUGUGAUCCUAUGUUCCUUUUCUGCAAGUUUCUUAAGGAGUAAGGACCAAGGGAAUUAUCAUCUAUCCCAAAACAUACACAUAUAAGGUUGUGUAAAGGCGGUGGUGGGAAAAAGAUAGAGAGAGAGAAAUGAUAGCUGAAGCAAAGGUGAGAAGUGAAGACUUGAACUUGUGCUUUGAGAAGCUGAUGAUGGUUGCAACCGGAAAUAGUGGUGAGGGAGUUAAGAUGAAGGGCGUGGUGAUCCCUGAGUGGAAAAAUAUUCCUAUGGAGCUGCUGUUGAGAAUUGUUUCUUUAGUUGAUGAUCGGACUGCUAUUGUUGCUUCUGGUGUUUGUAGUGGGUGGAGGGAUGCCAUUGGCUUGGGCCUUACCCAACUCAGUCUCUCAUGGUGCGAAAAGAACAUGAACAACUUGGUUCUAUCUCUUGCUCCUAAAUUCACCAAAUUGCAAACUCUGAUACUGCGCCAAGGGAAUACACAGCUUGAGGACAAUGCCAUUGAGACUAUUGCAAAUUUUUGUCAUGAUCUGCAGGAUCUGGACCUCAGCAGAAGUUUUAAGCUUAGUGACUGCUCAUUGUAUGCAUUGGCCCAUGGUUAUCCCAACCUUACAAAAUUUAAUAUCAGUGGCUGCACGUCAUUCAGUGAUGAAGCUCUUGUAUAUGUGACAAAUUUUUGUCAAAAACUAAAAAUAUUAAACCUCUGUGGAUGUGUUAAAGCUGCAACUGACCGUGCAUUGCAGGCCAUUGGACGAAACUGCAAUAUGUUGCAAACUUUAAAUCUGGGAUGGUGUGAAAAUGUUGGUGAUCUAGGAGUGAUGAGUCUAGCAUAUGGAUGCCCUGAUCUCAGAUGCCUGGACUUGUGUGGCUGUGUCCGCAUAACAGAUAAUAGUGUGAUUGCUUUAGCAAAUGAGUGUCUCCAUUUGAAAUCACUCGAUCUGUACUAUUGUCGGAAUAUUACAGACAGGGCACUGUACUCGCUGGCUCACAGCCGAGUGAAGAACAAACCUUCAAUGUGGCAGUCCAUGAAGGGUAGAUAUGAUGAGGAAGGUCUUAGAAGCCUCAAUAUAAGCCAGUGUACUGCACUGACUCCUUCGGCUGUUCAGGCAUUGUGCGAUACAUUCCCUGCCCUUCACACAUGCUCCGGAAGACAUUCCCUUGUCAUGAGUGGAUGCUUGAAUUUAACGUCUGUACAUUGUGCUUGUGCUGUCCGCAUGAACACUAUUCCCCAUACAGCUCAUUGAAGGGGAUGUCAAUGUUUAUAUUUUAAGUAUAUGUACUAAUCCGAGACAAUGGAUUUCCUCUGCCCAACGAAAAGAAUGGUAAGACAUUUCCCUGUAAAUAAGGUUGUGUUGAGAAGUAUAUAUUUAUCGUCUUGUUGGAUGGCAUGGACUGAAUUACAUUUUGGACUUGUUAUAUCUGUUCUUUUGACUUGUGAA